CAUCAUGAAUGAGAAAUGGGACUCGAACUCUUCAGAAAACGGGCUUCCCGUCUGGAGCGUCAAUGACACAAAGCAUCAUCUGUACUCGGAAAUUAAUGUUACCUACGUGAACUACUAUCUUCACCGGCCCCAAGUGGCAGCGAUCUUCAUUAUUUCCUACUUACUGAUCUUCUUCUUGUGCAUAGUGGGAAACACCGUGGUUUGCUUUAUUGUAACGAGGAACAAACAUAUGCACACGGUCACUAAUCUCUUCAUUUUAAACCUGGCCAUCAGUGAUUUACUAGUUGGCAUAUUCUGCAUGCCUAUAACACUGCUGGACAAUAUCAUAGCAGGUGAUGACCUUCGCAAGAGCACUCAGAGGUUCCGCUGUGUCGUCUACCCCUUUAAAUCAAAGCUGACUAUCAAGACAGCACUUGUCGUUAUCGUGGUCAUCUGGGUCUUGGCCAUCACCAUUAUGUCUCCCUCUGCGGUCAUGCUACAUGUGCAAGAAGAAAAAUAUUACCGAGUGAGACUCAGCUCCCAGAAUAGAAGCAGCCCAGUCUACUGGUGUCGGGAAGACUGGCCGAAUCGGGACAUGAGGAAGGUCUACACCACUGUGCUGUUCGCCAGCAUCUACCUGGCCCCGCUGUCCCUCAUCGUUGCUAUGUACGCAAGGAUCGGGGUUUCGCUCUGCAGGACCGGGGUGCCCCCCACCGGCAGGCAGAGCCAGGAGCAGUGGCACGUGGCGUCCAGGAGGAAGCAGAGAGUGGUUAAGAUGCUCCUGAUCGUGGCCCUGCUUUUCAUCCUCUCCUGGCUGCCCCUGUGGACCCUGAUGAUGCUCUCGGACUACGCGGACCUGUCUCCGAACGAGCUGCGGGUCAUCAACAUCUACAUUUACCCUUUCGCGCACUGGCUGGCGUUUGGCAACAGCAGCGUCAACCCCAUCAUCUACGGUUUCUUCAACGAGAAUUUCCGCCGGGGUUUCCAAGAUGCUUUCCAGCUCCAGCUCUGCCAAAGAAAGGCAAAGCCCAGGGAAGCCUAUGCCCUAAAAGCUAAAAACAAUGUGGUCAGAAGCUCAUCUCAUCAGCACGCCCGGGAACCUACGUUUCAAAACCCACGCAGGGAAAAUUUGCUUUAUAGGAAAAGCGUUGAAGAACCCAGCCAGGAGUUAGUGAUGGAAGACUUGAGACAGGCUACCAACAGCAGUGAGAUUUAA